GGUCGACGCGCGCGCCGCGGCGCGGCCGUCUCCGCCCCCUUCCGAGCAGCCAAUCGCCGGCCAGACGCCGGGCGCGCGCACGGUCCCUGGAGUUUAACGGUCGCGAGAGGAGCUCGCCCGACCCUGAAUUGAAUCGGCCGUGGGAGCGGCGGCCAGUAAAAAUCAACAAGCAUGGAUACUGGGUAGAAUUUAUUAAACAAAUGAACAAAGCAUACUCUUGGGAGCUUAGGAUCUUUCACAGUUCUGAAUGUUAGCAGCUGAAAAUGCCUGUAGACGAUGAAGCAUCUGAAGAUGACUCGGAUUCAGUUUCUUCAAACAGUGAAAGAACCAACAUUUUCAAAUAAGAGAGCGUAACAAUUUCUGCACACUAUGGAAGAUUUUGACUUGGUGAAAUCCUUACAAAAAACUUCCUCUUCUGUAGAAUCCGAUGUGAAAAGUUCUCCCCAUUCUCUUGGGCUGAACUUAAAUAUUAAUAGAAGUAGUCCCCACCUUAGUACAAAUGGGGUAUCCUCUUUCUCAGGGAAGACCAGAUCAUCUGUAAUUCAAGGUACAGUUGAAGUCCUAACCUCUUUAAUGCAAGAGCUACAGAACAGUGGAAAGACUGAUUCGGAACUUUGGAAAAACUGUGAGGCCAGGUGGUCACAGCUAUUCAGUUUGGUGGAAAAACAGUGCCAAGAACAGAUAGUCGCCCAGCAGGCACAGUUCCACAGCCAGAUCCAACGCAUACAGGAGGAAAUAAAAAAUUUAGUCAAGUUACAGACCAGUAAUGCUUCCUGGACUUCCUAUGAUAGAAGUUCUUUAAUCAAACAGAUAUCUUCAGAAAGGCAAAUGGGUUUUUUUUCUGAAAACAGUGAGAGAAAUGAGUCUGUCAUCAGUUACACGAAGUCUAAAGAACCUGAAAUGCAGCAAGAAACAUCCGCAUCCCAACCAGACUGCAAUGUGGACAGCAGCUCAGUGAGCAGUGGGUACGGUACCUUUUGUGUCUCAGAAUUAAAUACCUACAAAUCGAAGGGCCCUCAGGAGUUCAUGGAGCACGCAGAGGUUUCCGAAGGACAGUAUGGGACCCCCGUGGUGCAGACGGAGUCACUUAUAGAUGGUGUAAAAAACAAGAGUUUCUAUAUACACACUCCCGAAGAGUUUUGUGCCUCUUUAAAGGAAGAUAUUUCUGUUUUUCCUGGUGAAUUUGAACACAACUUCCUCGGUGAAAAUAAGAUUUCAGAAGUAUACAGUGGAAAAUCAAAUAGUAAAGCUGUAACAUCAUGGGCACAAAAGCUGAAGCAGAACCAACCAAAGAGAACACACGUAGAAGAGGGGCGCCCACAGUCUAUGCAAGGAAAUGAACCAACCAAGAAGGUGCCCGUGGAGAAUUCUGAUUUCACUGCUGCUACGCAUCCCCGUGCAUUUUACCUCAGCAAACCAGAUGAAAGUCCAAAUUCUUGGAUGUCUGAUUCAGGAACAGGACUGACUUACUGGAAACUGGAGGAGAAGGACAUGUAUCACUCCUUGCCUGAGGCUUUAGAGAAGCCACUCGCACCGUCCUCCACGGACGUGUCACCAAGCCAGUCUAAUACUAGUAAUGAGAUGAAGCUGCCGUCGCUGAAGGAUAUUUAUCAUAAAACACAAAGAGAAAGCAAGCAGCUCCCCGAGUGGACUGUCACUUCUGCUUCCAGCCCAAACCAUCCACCCGAGGUGCUGACUCUAGACCCGACGUUGCAUGCGAAGCCAGGCCAGCAGACGCCGGGGAUGCAGCCACGUGGCUUUCUGAACGCCCUCGAUGACAGAAUAUCCUUUUCACCAGACUCUGUUCUAGAACCUAGUAUGUCCAGUCACUCUGACGUAGACUCGUUUUCACAAGCAAGUAAUAUGGCUUCUCCGUUAUCUGGAUUCCCAAAAUGUCCUUCAAAUACGAAAGCCUCGCCAGUGGACUCUUGGAAAAAUCAUACUUUCCAAAACGAAAGUAGGGCUAGUUCCACGUUUCCCUCAGUAUAUACUGUCACCAGUAAUGACAUCUCGGUGAACACUGUGGAUGAAGAAAACGCUGUCAUGGUAACUCCAGCCUCAGUCAGUCAGUCCCAGCUUCCAGGUACAGCCAACCGUGUCCCAGAAUGCAUUUCACUGACUUCCCUGGAAGAUCCUGUGAUAUUAUCUAACAUCAGGCAGAACCUGAAGGAAAAGCAUGCUCGGCACAUAGCGGAUCUUCGCGCUUAUUAUGAAUCAGAAAUAAGUAGUUUGAAACAGAGACUGGAGGCAAAAGAAAUUUCUGCAGUCGAAGAUUGGAAGAAAACCAAUCAAAUUCUCAUAGACAGAUGUGGCCAAUUAGAUAGCGCUUUGAGCGAAGCUACUAGUCGUGUGAGAACACUUGAAAAUAAGAAUAACUUACUAGAAAUAGAAGUGAGUGAUUUCAGAGAACGCUUCAGUGCAGCCAGCAGUGCCUCCAAAAUUCUGCAGGAACGAAUCGAGGAAAUGCGAACAAGUAAUAAAGACAAAGACAAUACCAUCAUUCGACUGAAAUCUAGACUGCAGGAUUUAGAGGCAGCGUUUGAGAACGCUUACAAACUCUCAGAUGACAAAGACGCUAGACUAAAACAAGAAAACAAAAUGUUUCAAGAUCUUUUAGGAGAGUACGAGUCCCUUGGAAAAGAACACGAGAGAGUGAAGGAUACAUUAAAUACAACUGAGAACAAAUUGCUUGAUGCACAAACUGAGAUUUCUGAUUUGAAAAGAACAGUUUCAAAACUGGAAGCUCAGGUCAAGCAAGCAGAGCACGAAAAUAGGUUCGGCCUCCGCCGUGACUCUGGAGCUGCCACGAGGGCCCCGCGUGCCACCACGCUGGCAUCCUCGGACGUCAGCAGGAGGAAGUGGCUGAUACCAGGAGCGGAGUACUCCAUCUUCACUGGCCAGCCUUUGGACAUCCAGGACAGGAGAGCGGGUCACCAGCUGGAGGAAACCUGUGUUUCUGGGUACCGCUCUCCCCCGGAGAAGGAUCCCACACCUGGAAGUUCACCGACAAACGCACUGGUAAAGAAACAGAGAGAGACUUCAGAAACACCCAUCAUGAGGGCUUUAAAAGAACUCGACGGAGAAAAAAUGUUUAAAAGUUGGGGCACACAGACAGAGAAAGAGGACACUUCAAACAAAUUAGUGAAUCCUCGACAAACUGAGACAUCUGUCAAUGCAAGUCGGUCCCCAGAGAAAUGUGCCCAACAAAGACAAAAGAGAUUUAAUUCGGCUUCACAGAGAUCAUCAUCUCUACCUCCUUCAAAUCGUAAAGCAAGCACUCCAACAAAAAGAGAGAUUAUGUUAACACCGGUGACUGUGGCUUAUAGUCCAAAGCGGUCCCCUAAAGAAAAUUUGUCUCCAGGAUUCAGUCAUCUACUUAGCAAAAAUGAAAAUCCGAGUCGAUUUGAUAUACUUUUGGAUGAUUUAGAUACUGUUCCUGUGUCUACGCUACAACGCGCCAACCCAAGGAAACAACUCCAGUUCCUCCCUCUAGAUGACGCGGAAGCAGAAAAAAAAUAUUCAGAGAAAGCCACCGACGUCCAUGCUGAUCAUAACUCCUCCCCCGAACCGUUGCCAAACAGGGCGAAGACCUUCUCUGUGAGACCCGCCAGCCAUGAGCCGUGGAAGCCUGCCCCGGGCGCACAGCACGGCCACGACUUUGAAUAUACCGCCAAAAUCAGGACCCUAGCCGAAACGGAACGGUUUUUUGAUGAACUUACAAAAGAAAAAGACCAGAUUGAGGCAGCGCUAAGUCGAAUGCCUUCUACUGGAGGACGAAUCACUUUGCAGACAAGAUUAAAUCAGGAGGCCUUGGAGGACCGUCUGGAAAGGGUUAACCGAGAACUGGGCUCAGUCCGCAUGACGUUAAAGAAAUUCCAUGUCUUGCGCACCUCUGCAAAUCUUUGAGAUUUGUAGCUAUUAAAUUUUGAGACGUUUUUGUUUGCACUACUGUAUAAUUAUGCACUCAGAAAAGGCAAACUAUUUUGUACUGUUUAUAAGCCUUCAAACUGUAGUUUUACAAUCAUGCAAUUCUUUAACUUGCUAUUUUAUACUUCAGAUGGCCACAUAUUUUCAAGAUAUUUUUGUUAUGCUCAGGAAUCUCUUGUAUAUUUUACUAUUUAAAAAGUAUUAUUUUUAAAUAGUAUAUGUCUCCAAUUUAUAUCACGAAUAAGGAAAUGUAAUUGGGGAGGCAGCUUGUUUCUAAACAAAUAGUGUUAUCCUUUUACAAUUUGCACACCAGUUUUGUAAACUUAUUAGACGUUGUGAAUAUGUUUUUUUCUUUUUAAAUAAAUGCUUAAGAAUAGCAUUCCUAAUGAUAGACUAAUACAUGCUGAAUGCAAAAAACAAUUAUAGGAUACCCUGGGCUUUAGUUGUUUUGAGGUUUUUUGAAAGAGAUAAUGCAAUUCCUGUUUGAAACAUUUGUCUUAGAGUGAAUAUUAGAUUAAUAAUAAUGGAAGUAUUGGAAAUAAUGGAAUACUGGAAAGCUUUGAAAACUACAUGAAUAACUCAUUUUAUUUCCCUUAAUCUCUACUAUUUGUGAGGAAAGAAAAAUGAGAGAGAUGUAAUUUUCUAAUUCGGUUAUAUAUAGUACUUUUCAGGAAAACGUUAAACAGUUGGAGAGCCGCAGCUUUCUGCUCCUCAUUCGGAAUAUAACUCGUGUCCCACCCUCGACCAUAAAUCGAUAGAGAGAGCUGAGGACGUGCAGCUCACCGCCCAGUGAGGUUGUAGGAGCAGCUCUGCCCUCCUCAGUGCUGGUGGCUUCGGCUCUCAGAGUUACCGUGCAGACACUUAACCCCUCCACCGCUGCCAAAAAAGAAAGACAAGUGCUCCCGCAGUAGGGGCUGUAAGAACAGGUUAAGGCCAGAGCUCCCUCCUCUGCUUGUUAAUGGAAGGGACUGUGUCUAGGUCUCGCGGCCUUGAGCUUGGUCUUGCCGGGGGCUCUAGCUCCCUGCCUGGGCAGUAAGCGCCUCCUGGCCCUCGGAGUGGCACUUGGGUGGGGGCCGUGCUCUGACCAGGAGCUCCAGCGGGUGUGUUACUCCGUGCGGGGACUUGGGUGCCUUCGAGCACCCUUCACCAAGGCUUCCCCUGGCCAGCUGCAGGCCUGGCACCCGCAGCCACGCUCCCUCUCAGCCGGGGUCACAGCAAGGAGGGGCUUCUGGCAGCUGCCUCUCGCUGCCAGCACAGAACCGCACUCACCAGAAUCAAGUGCCUUUACUCUAUUUUUUUUUUUUUUUUUUAAAUCUCCUAGUUAUGCUAAAGAAAAGGUUUGUUUUAACCAAGCUCCACUACAGGCCUAAUCAAGGGAUUGACUUUACGGUGAUAUGCCCUUUAAUGGGUUCCAGUGCAUUAAAAACUAACCUGAACAUUAUCAGGCUAUUUCAUUGUUCCUUACUUUUAUUGUAAAGUCUGCAACAUUCUUAAGAAUAAAGAAACUGUCAUUUCAGAAAAGAUUACAGUUUUGUCAAGGAGUUAUCUGCCCGGUAGUCUCUAUUGGCUUAUUCCAAGAAAGGCAUUUAGCGCAUCAAAACAUCUGUGUCCGUGCUUUCUCAGAAAACCUGCGCUUUGAUUUUUGAAGUAUGCAACAGGUUGGAAGUAUCAGUCACUUAUUUUUUUUAAAAAAGAAAUUUUAUUUUUUGCUUUGUAGCUGUGAAGAGAGAAACCAAGGAGAACCCUUUCAGCCAUCAUUCUCUUUGGUGGUGGUUAACUUAGGGGACACUCCGCUGAAACGCCACUCGCCCUGAAGGCAGGAAAGGCGGCAAUCUUGGGAAGCAGCUACUGACCCUGGGAAGUGAACUAUGUUCGCAGCCUGCUGGAGCCGAGAGCUGCAGCCAAGUAAAAAGAAACAAAAGCCUAAGUGAAUCUUCCACUUCGGGGAAGUGCCUUUUUAAAUGCAAAUAUUAACUCUCUGCACCCCAUUCUGCCCCCUUCUCUCCCUUACUGAGCUGCCUGAAGUGGGGACAAGUCCUUCAGGAGCCAGGAUUUACAGCCUAAGAUAAACGUUCCAAAUGAAACAACAGGCAGACCUGGGACUGUGUGGCUGGGGAUGGGAGCCUGGGGACCUGGGUCACGUCCUGGCCACCGCCUGCCUUCCUCAGCCUGAGUGGUGGAAUGAACCCAUAAGAAACUUCUAUUCAGGGAGAUCAUGUAAAGUGCCUGGUGCUUCGUAAAUUUUCAAUAAAUAGGACAUUUCAGUUUCAUCCCAAGUUAAAUAGGCUUCUGGAAUAGCGAUUUUGCAUUUUUUUUUUUUUUAAUAGAAAAGUAGAUUAUGUCCCAAGCAAUUGACUUAAAAAGUACCUUGGGUUGGUUGACAUUUCUGUCAGGUGGCCAAAGAUAGUCUCCACCCCUUUGCCAAAAAUGAGCUUUCUUGGAGUUUAAAUGAGCUUUCCUGUGGUGUGAAUUUUUUAAUGAUUAAAAAGAAAAAAAAUUUGAUAACCUGUUUAGUAUAAGUUCUGGCACUUUGAUCUUAAGCAGGUGAUUUUGGGGUUAUUUGAUAUUGAUGGAAGCUACUGCAAGAACAAACUAUUGCCGGUGUAAUCACCAUGAUUGCUCCUUCAGGAGUUUCAUCCAGCUAGAGGCGGCGGUGGGCCGUGAAGUGGGACCGGACGUGCAGCCUGCCGCUGGGUGUUGGGUCCGUACUGAGGAUUAUGACUCGUUUUUAGAGUUUGGUAACCACCAAGAUGUGUACCUCCUUUUAACUUAGAAAAGCCAGGUGCUUUGCUGAAUACUGUUUGAAUUCUGCUCUGCGCUAAUAUAUGUAGUAAAAUUAUGACAUCUUCGUUGCUUUAAGUUUUAGAUAUCGCAGAAGCAGUUUUCACUAAAUUUUAAUGUGCAGCUUGUGCCGUGAGUCUCUAAGAAGCUUUAAAAAAAAUAAACGCAUACCCACAGCUCUAGGAAUCAUAGAGGUAAAUCACAUUUACCCAUCAUGAGUGACUGUAUGGUUAUGAGAUUUGUAGGAUCUGAUUGAACCAAUUACAUUGCACACAUUUUGCAGGACAUAAUUUCCUGCCCUGCCUGGGGUUCUGUGGCAGUUCGAUAACGUAUUAAGCUGCACCAGUAUUCUUAGGACCUGUGUUAAGCUUUUUCCUCCAGAUUUGUGUUGUAUUUCAACAGACCCCUCUCAAAUACGAGGAAUUGAGCCAUACAUUUGCGUUUGCUGAACCUUAUGUACCUCUCGCUGACUACAGACUUCAAAGAUAACUUAUUCACAGUGUGUAGCGGCGACGUGUAACGUGAGAGACUGGCUUCGUGCCGUGCUGUCGAUGGUCAGACGAAGCCACGUGCUUGUCGCGGUCAUUAAAUCUCGUCCAGUGUUGGAGCAAUGGCACUGUAAGCUCCGUGAGAGCAGGGACCCUCUUCAUUCCUGCAAACAGGCAGUCAAUAAACGUCUGGAGAUGAGCA